AACAAAACUUGCUAUAAAGGUAGACGUUUCUUUUCUUAUUAGUUUAGGAACUACUUUACAUUCAAAUAAGUAGUUUAGUAUAUUAUAAGAUUUGCUCUAAAAGUUUGACAAUUUAAGAGCAAGAGAAGAGUGGUUCAAUAUGGUGCAAUAAACUUGUUAGACUUCGUAAUGACCUGACAACAGUGGAGUACCCUUGUACUCACUAUCAGUGACCAGGGAGAUUAUAGAUUAAUGAAUACUCCAUAUAACAGAUAAUACGUCUGUACGAAUACCGGAUAUAGGCUACUACAGUAGAUAAAGGCCGUCAUGUUUAAGUUCAGGGCUCUGCCUCACAGAGAAACAAUGGCUGAUUGACCUUUAGCCUAUGGUUGAAAAGCAUGGCGUUCUUGACGUUUCAAAAAUAAAUAGGUACUGACAUGUUUUGUUCGCUAAGCUCUAUCAAAUCUCAAUUACAUCUUUUAUUUUUAUUUUAAACAGUUGUGUGGCCGGGGGAAAUCCGGAUACCGUGCUGGAAAAGUUUUUUUCUAUUAAUAUAAACUAAACAAUUUAGGGGGAAUUAAGCUGGUCUCGCAUAACUUCGUCUAUUUGAAUGAAGUAGAAAUCAGUAUGGUGCUUCGUUACAUCUCAUAACCCAUUUGAUACCAUACCACUGUGUAAGUUAGAUCGAUCGCGAGAAUAUCUGAAAUAUUGCCAGUGGAGGAUUGUUCCAGUCAUAGAAGCGAUCCGUUUUUAUACGGAAUAUCCUGGUUAAAAUUGUAAAUUAAUACAUCUGGCAAUUUUCCGGAUUUUUAUUUUCGACAGACAUGGUGAUUUGAGGAAAAGAAAUCUAAAGCGAUAGAGGAUAUUUCUGCGUCAGUGGACAUAAGGAGCGGAUUAGUUAAGUUUUAUUUAGGGACCGCGGCGUUUUAGGAUGCACAACUAAUAUCUUAUUUUUUAUUUAAAUCAUUUAAAUUUCUCGAUUCGGAUAUACGAAAGCCACUUAAUUAUUUAUGACAAUGUGUUGUAAAUCUUUCAAAAAGCUAAUUUUAGAAUCGAAAAUACUAAUCACAGUGACUGGAUUAGCGCUGUGUUUGGCGAAUAUACUACAAGUAGUUGGCAUUGUGUCUCCGGAAUGGGAUAUUUUUGACACACCGUAUUUUGGAUCCCGAAUUAGACUGUACCAGAAUCUGUGGACGGUUCAUGAUGAAAUAAAGGAUAAAGAUAUCCGGGAGGGAUUGCUUCCAAAAAUACUGCACAAUGGGUGGAAGGCUAUUAUUGUGAGAAUGGAACUCAGUGCCCUGGGAACUGGUGUGCUUGCUCUUUUUCUGGUCAUCGCUACAGCCUCCGUUAAAGUGUUGUCAAGGAGACGGGCCCUUCUGGUCACGUGUUAUGUUCUAGCAGUUCUGCUUACGUGUUCCUCUGCAGUUACAACUAUUUUUGGCGCCCAGACCUACAAAAAGAACUAUAAGAGUAUUCUAAGCGUUGAAGCAUUCAACCCUAAGAACAUGAUCCCAGUAGAGAAGUACGUGCUGUCCUGGGGGUUGCACGUGUGUUACGCGAGUGGCACUUUCUACAUAUUAUCGUCAGUUCUAAUCAUCACCAACAUCAUUAAAGACGUGACAUUAAUACCCAAGUCUGCUGUGUCGCCAUCAACUUCUAGGAAUGAACAAACUCCAAACUUAGGCGAAGUGUGAAAAACUAAUGAGUCUAGAGAAUGCAAGCAGACUUUGCAAUUAGAGGGAAGUCUAUGACCAACAACAAUGAAGAGCAAAACACGACAAUGGGGAAGAUCUGGUUACUACCAUCAUCAUUUUGGAUCGGGUACGUACCAAGGUACAAAAUACACAACUAUGAACCAACGAGAAUAUAAGGAAUAUGAACAAAUCCAGGAUUUAGGAAAAUGAUUAUGAACUACUUGCAGGACUGUGAACAACUCUCAGAACUAUCAACAUACAGGACUUUGAACAACUCUCGGGAUUAUAACCUGACGGGACUGUCAGCAACUCUCAACUUACGGGACUUUGAACAGCUCUCGGGAUUAUAACCUGACGGGACUGUCAGCAACUCUCAACUUACGGGACUUUGAACAGCUCUCGGGAUUAUAACCUGACGGGACUGUCAGCAACUCUCAACUUACGGGACUUUGAACAGCUCUCGGGAUUAUAACCUGACGGGACUCUCAGCAACUCUCGGGAUUAUAAACUUACGGGACUUUGAACAACUCUCGGGAUUAUAACCUGACGGGACUCUCAGCAACUCUCAGGACUUUCAACUUACGGGACUUUGAACAGCUCUCGGGAUUAUAAACUAACGGGACUCUCAGCAACUGACAGGACUUUGAACAGCUCUCGGGAUUAUAAACUAACGGGACUCUCAGCAACUGACAGGACUUUGAACAGCUCUCGGGAUUAUAACCUGACGGGACUCUCAGCAACUCUCAGCUUACGGGACUUUGAACAACUCUCGGGAUUAUAACCUUGAGGGACUCUCAGCAACUCUCAACUGACAGGACUUUGAACAGCUCUCGGGAUUAUAACCUGACGGGACUCUCAGCAACUCUCAACUUACGGGACUUUGAACAACUCUCGGGAUUAUAACCUUGAGGGACUCUCAGCAACUCUCAACUGACAGGACUUUGAACAGCUCUCGGGAUUAUAACCUGACGGGACUGUCAGCAACUCUCAACUGACAGGACUUUGAACAGCUCUCGGGAUUAUAACCUGACGGGACUCUCAGCAACUCUCAGCAACUUUCAACUGACAGGACUUUGAACAGCUCUCGGGAUUAUAACCUGACGGGACUCUCAGCAUCUCUCAGGACUAUCAACUUACGGGACUUUGAACAACGCUAGGUCUCAGGAUUAUAAACUUACGGGACUAGUUAAAAGGUAACAUAUACGAGGACUGUUAACAAUCUACGAGAAUUGGGAUGCGAGUGAAUAUUACAGUAAUUAGGAACAAUUAAACUGCAGGAAUGAACAAUUUCAGGACCAGAAUGUAAAACCGUCUCCAUGAAAGUAAUUUGAAAUUCGGGUUACAUUAGUUUGAAAAUAUAGAGAAAAAAAGUAAUUUGUAUUUGCAACAUAAAGGAUUGGAUAAAGAGUGAAGAUCAAGAUUGUACAUAUGCAGAUAGACUACAGGAAAUGAGAUAAAGAAAAUUGCAAAUCA